CCGGGCUGCGGAGGGAAGAGCGGCUCCAGCAGCGGCGGCGGCGGCCCGAAGAGCACCGGCUCCAGCUCGCCCAGCGCCGGGGGCUUCCUGGUCUUGAGCAGGUCGGCGGGGCGAGGAGGGGGCUGCGGCGGCGGCACCCGCGGCAGGUCGGCCUGGCAGAAGUGGCGCACGGAGGUGCAAGGCUGGGGUUCCACCAAUCCACUUGCUUGCUUUCAGCUGCAAAAACAAAUCAAGAAAUCAAAGGCAAGUGAAACCUCCAACAAUUGCCUGCUUUGCUUAGACAUGGUGCAAGCUACUGACAAAUGUUCAGGCCAAGAAGUCAAGACUACAAGAAAUCAAUCAAAAGCAGAAAGCAAGUUAAACACAGAGGCUGCAGCUGAUACUGCUCCAGAAGAGAUUUCAGCCCAUUCUAGUAAGUCUAACUGUUCUACAACACAUGGCAGUAAAACAGAAAUAUGUAACAAAAAGGUACACUCUUUCAGAACAUGCCAGGGUGAAAAGAAGAACCUGCCAAUAAAAGAAUACUGUAUGUGGAACCUAGAAGACGUGAAAAAUCCAGAUGCUGUAAAGCAUAAAGCGAUAAAACCCCAGGCACUUGAUGUGCUUGAUCCAAAUGGCUGUGAAUCUUUGACUUCAAAAUCUUCACAAGUACUUCCACCCGUGAAAUAUGCCACUCCCAAGGACACUUCAGACCCUUCCUGGAAGAACAAGCAAGCCAUUAUCCUUCAGAACACACUCAAUGGUACUUCAGUUGAGAUUGCUUCCUGCAGUCAUGACGCUAAAGGAACAGAGCAAAAGAGUAAAAAAGGAGCUGACACCAUGAAUGAUAAAAUGAAGGAAAAAGGAGAAAUUCAUGAACCAUCAGCAUUUUUCUCAAGUCAUUCAGAGGUCUCCCUCCUGCAGGAAGAUCCUGAACAGUUAUCCUGGCACUGUGCUCUUACAUCUGACAGAAGCAUUGCAACCAUUCCUAAUCCUACUGCUUCCAAAAAGAACAUUCAUCAGGCCUGUAUGCAGGUUCCACACACAAAAGGAAUACAAUACACAAAACAUGACAUCCGAGGCUCUUUAACCUACAAUGCCAGGAACAGGUAUGCUGAGGUCAAGGAAGGAAACAAAUCAGAAAUGCAGGCGGUUCCCCUGGUCUCUGGACUAUUACCUUCCCUAAAGGCCAGUCACACUGCAAGAGCUGAACUGCUGCCUAGACUGAACUAACGCUUCUAGGUUGCAAUCUCUUGCCUUUUUUUUCCUUGUAACUUAUGGGGAAAAAAUAAAAUUUCCUUGUGAGCCACUGGGAUAUUUGUAGGUUUUUUAAAAUGCUAUUAAUAGCAUAAGCUGAUGAAUGCCAAUUACUUUCACAUAGGUUUAGUUUCUUCCUGACCACAAGAUAGAUCCAUUAGUCUUAACAGCUUAUUCUGGGCAUGAAGUACAUGCACCCUCUUCAUUUAGAUUCACUCUGAAUGAGUUCUGUAGCCUACUGUGACAAUUAGGUAUUUGAUACUGCUGAUCACUGAAACAACAUCUAACUUUAAGAACAUUCUGCUCUGCAAGGCCUUUAAUAAUACCCUUAAAACAGUGCUAAAUCCUACUGAGCUUCACAGACAAACAUUUGCAUACAUUCCUUGCUAAUUUGGCACCUAGGAGAAACAGAAAUGAUCUGGAAAGCAGACAGUGGUGAGAUUGACAGUCGUUUACAAGGUAAAAGGCUUGAGCAGAGAUACUACUUUCAUUGCCAUCAGGUCCAGACUUCCAGGGGACUGAUUCCAGAGAACACUUUGUCAAAUCCUGGAGCCAGAAAGAAAGUCUGCCUCUCUUAAAUUCAAUUGUUUUGACAGAAUGCAAUCAAUCAGCUUGCCAACAAGCAAUUUCGUUAAGUGAAGGAAAUUCAGAAUCUAAACACAAACUGAUCAGGGAUGCUUUCACUGCCAACAGAAAUAACAGUAAAGUCUCAGCAACACCAAGCAAGAAAGUAGUUCAAAAACAUGUGGGGCUGAUCUCUGAACAGCCAUCGGCUUCUUCUUGAUCUGUUCUUAAUCAAGAGUCAAUUUGUCCUGCCUUUUAGGCUGCCUUGCCAUCUUUGCAAGUUUCAUGAGGACAAUCUGUUCAAAGUAGCUGACUUUUGUCCACAGGUGAAGUCUGCUCCAUCUGAAUAACAAGCCUGAAAUAACUCAACCCAAACUAAGCAGAAUAUUGCUACAACAGGAAUAGCCUGCUAUUCCUGCAACAGUAGUCAGUUCCUAAUACAUUUGACUCUUUCAGAGCUAACUUUAAAUGCUCUGAAUGGGAAUUUACUUUCUAGAUACUUCCCACAUACUGCCCCCUGGAAAUACCUUCUAUAUUUUGCUACCACUGUGGCUGAAUGCUGCCUCAUGCACUUAGCAUGUGACGGCACCGAAACCAGCAGCCUGGUACACACCAAAGACAGAGUUUGUCGUGACUAUAGCUGCUGUAAUAGCACAGAUGAAUUUUCAGUGACAGAUCGUCUGCUUGUUCACCUAUUCUGAAUUGAUAUGGAAGUUGACAAGAUACAAAAGUAAUAAUAAAAGCAUUUUAUAUUCUCCAACAGAGGAUGGUAGGACCAUUAUUAUUAAGCAUGGGGACUAUACAGACGGGGACAAGUAUCAUCCAUGCGCCAAUUCAACCUAGUAUAAUAGUAUUAAAAUAUCAUUAAAAUUAUUUUCUCAAUUAAAAAUUAUUUUCACAAUUACAUACAAUAUCUUUCAAAAUAAUAUGAGCUAUUAGAAAAGACUGUGAUUUUCUAGCAGGGUACUUUGAAAGCUAUUAAUCACAAAGCAGUUAAUUUCUGCUUAGGACUCCAGAUUUUGUAAAUUACACAAGUAGAUGAGAGUGCAAAGAAGAACUCAAAGUAAUCCUUCUGUCCUGAUGGCCUGUUGUAGAAGAAAGGCACAUCAGUGAGCUGAAUUCCAUGGCGUAUGCAAGAUAAUUUAAAUUUUGCAUUCAUUUCUAAGAAGUUUGAGGUGGAGCACCACUACUGCUGCCAGCCUGGAUGCUGCUGGUUGGAAGAACCCAGCCCCAGCUACAGGCAUCCAAGACAGCACAAAAGUCUAUGCACAGGCUCAGUUAAAAGGAGAGAACCUCUCUAAUGGGUGUUCAUAAAAUGUAGCACCUUGUUAUUCUGAUUACUUCAGUGUUUUAAGUUUAAACUUCCUAGGAUUCACUGGAAAGUAGGAGAACAUAGCAAAACUCAAGUUUUUUGCAGCCUCUGAAGAUAAAGGACUGAUGCUGUAAGAUUACUGUAAGUUACAAAACCUCUACAAAUCCAAAAGAUACCCAGCUUUCAAGAGGUAAGAUGUUCAGGAGGAACGGGUGGUGCUUCCUAACAGGCACUGUAUGCCCGGCCCAGGCCUCUAGAGGAGAUCACAGCCAUUACAACAGAAGGCAAUAAUUGGUUGAAGUUAACUUUAUUCCAAAAUAUGUAUAAUUUACAGGACUAAAUAAGUGCUUCAUUUGUGAACAAAAUGUUUCAAUACUUGUGAAUAACUUACUAGUAGCUUUGUGUAACACUUCAGUUUCCAACAUCAGGAAAUAUGAAACAGUAUUUUGGCACAGGAUUUUCUCUGCAUGCAUUAAUAUACUUAAAUGUUUCACAUAGGACAACAUUCCUUCUUUGGGAUUGUCACUUGUAAAACAGGUAUAGGAAAUGAAAACUUGCUUUUCUCUGCUUGUUGCAAGUUUGUUGGCUUACAUAGCAAGAAUCAUACAUCAACAUCCCUUGAAAACUAAAUUUGUCCACUAGAUCAAAAUCCCACCAGUGAUGAGAAAAAACAUUUUAAGGUCAUUUUCCAGACGUAUUAACUCACACAUGCUUUGGGAAAGGCUCACCCGUGAGACUUAUUACUCAUCCAUUCCAAACAGUUACAAGUUUAAAUUAGAUCAUAAUCAAAUCUUGAAUUCUGUAAGCUGCAAAUAAAGGCUAUUUUUCAUAUCUAGCUUUAUUUUUAUCAUAGAUGCACUUGCAAAUAUCUGUAAAAUAGAAUAUUAUCAGUCUAGCUCUGCAUGCGAGUGCUUGAAGCAUGCAUGUAAAGCAUUACUUGUUGUAAAAUGGAUGCUGCACGGUUUACAUCAUCACAAGCCAUCUAUUAUAUUCCAUCGCUAGUUAUGUUGAAGAUACUCCUGAAAAGCCAGCAUAUGAAAAAGAAUCAGAUGGAAAGGAUUUUUGUUGUUUGACUAGAGAUCAGCAGCUCCUUUGGGAAUUUCCACUGUUUCAGGCUGUCGGAUUACAUUUUCGGUGAAGCGGAAGAGUCGCACACGAGACAAACAUAACAUCACCCUGACUGCGAGGCAAUGCAGAGUUGAACGACGUAGUUCCUCGAUGCUGUUCA